AUGGCAGCAGGAUUGAAUGUGAAACAGGAAGAAAGAGGAAAAAGUAGCAAGAAGGAUAGCAACCUUAAACAAGCCCUAACUUCUGAGUAUCUAAAGAAAAUGAUCACUCAUCAAGCUUUCACCGUCUUGAUCCUCUCCGUCAUCAUCUUUGGCGGGGUCACCUCUCCCUUCAUCAAAUACAUCUACCGCCCUGAGGACCGCUUCAUCGCCUACAAGCGUCGUACAGUCCAGCACACAAAACCCAGCGCCGAGCUCCGCAUCCUGGCCUGCAUCUACCACCAAGAAAAUGUCAAUUCCAUCCUCUCCCUCCUCGAAUCCACCCAUCCCUCCUCCUCCUCUCCCAUCUGCAUUUACGUCCUCCACUUCACCAACCUUGUAGGCCGUGCUGCCGCCAUCCUCGCCCCUUACAAACAUAACAAGAGCUCCAACCUCAUCACCGAGACCGACCACAUCGUUAACGCCUUCAACUACUUCUCCCAGCAAAACCCCAACAACUCCGUCACCAUCCUCCCCUUCGUCUGCCUCUCCCCUUACUCCACAAUGCACGACGAUGUCUGCUCCCUCGCACUCGACAAGAAAGCCGCUCUCGUCCUCCUCCCUUUCCACAAGCACCUUGCUAUUGACGGGACCAUCGAGUCCAUCAAUCCUAACAUCCAGAACGUCAACGUCAACGUUCUCCACUAUGCCCCGUGCUCGGUAGGAAUCCUUGCCACUUUAAGCACGGCGACGAUGAGCCGUGUGGCGGUGUACUUCUUCGGUGGGCCUGAUGACAGGGAGGCCUUGGCAUACGGGAUGAGGAUAGCGGAGAACGAUACAGUUGGGCUGACGCUGGUGAGGUUUCGGCCACCGAAGGAGUUGAGAGAUAGCGGGAUGGAGACAAAGCUCGACGAUGCAAUUGUGGAUGAGUUUAGGAGAAGAAUGGUGGAUGACAACCGGGUGGUUUAUAGGGAGGAGGUGGUGAUCGACGGGGAGGGGACAGUGGGGGUGAUACGGGCGAUGAGUAGUCAGUUUAGUUUGCUGAUAGUCGGGCGGAGGGAGGGGAAGGAGUCGAGGUUGACGGAGGGGUUGUCAGCGUGGAACGAGUAUCCCGAGCUCGGGGUCGUUGGGGAUUUGCUGGCAUCCACGACGGAGGGGUUGUCAGCGUGGAACGAGUAUCCCGAGCUCGGGGUCGUUGGGGAUUUGCUGGCAUCCACGGAUUUCGGAGGGAGGGUGUCAACGCUGGUGGUGCAGCAGCAGACAAGGUUUGGUGCAGGUGGAAAAGGGCAGACGGCCGGGAGGCAAAAGGUGCAUCAUCAACGUCAAGUUGCGCCUGCCGAGUUUGAUGAAGAGUGA